AUGGAAAUACAAGUCGAUAAAGAAGGCUGCAGAAUCGACAUCGACGCCACCAAGCAAUUCGUCGGAUGGCAUUACCCGGAACGCGCGCCAUCGGAGAUUGACUGCCGGCUGCUGUGGUUUCUGCUGCAGGUUGAGCCGUGGGUGAAAGAGAAUAAGCACGUUCUGGCGACUAUUGGGGCUGACGAGAAUAUAUUGGAAGGCUGUACUUCUAUGAAGAAUAAGUGGUUCGCAUAUUUGGUGGUAACUAUUUGUAGGUCGUUAGAAGCUACAGCUGAAUCGCUAUUUAGCGAAGUUCAGGUGCCGUAUGUAUCGGAGAUUCUUCGUAGCCAGUUGUGUUUGAAUAAGCAUACUUUGGCGCUGACGGAGACUGCCUGGUGUUCUGUUAUUCAAGAAUUUAGGGAAUGGUGCACCCGAAACCACCCAUAUCCCGAGCCUGAGCAGAUUCACAUUGUGGAAUAA